AUGAGGGGCCGCCAGUGGCUCCGGAAACGGGUGGAGGUUGUCUGCCCUGGCCUCUCCGCAAACAGUUAUGAGAAGAUCCUGAAGCUUACAGUUGAUGCUAAGUUUGGGUCAGGCGAUGUGAAGGCCACAGUGGCAGUGCUGAGUUUCAUGCUCUCCGGUGCUGCCAAGCACAGUGUCGAUGGCGAAUCCUUGGCCAGUGAACUGCAGCAGCUGGGGCUGCCCAAAGAGCACGCGGCCAGCCUGUGCCGCUGUUAUGAGGAGAAGCAAAGCCCCUUGCAGAAGCACUUGCGGGUCUGCAGCCUAUGCAGUAAGUAUGAGGCCAGCCAGGGUCUGGGCUCAUUCUAGAAGGUGCACGCAGCACACAAAGUGCAUGGAGAGUCCAGGGAGAUGACCUAACCAUGGUCACAUACCAAGCAGCCGCAGAGCUGGGACGUGGCCCUGGGUCUCCUGACUCCGCGGGCUCUGUGAUGUGUACGUACAGGAUCACACCUUGCCCUUUCCUCCUGGCUGACCCUUCCUUAGUCCCCCGUGCCCCAUGUGUGAGCACCCAGCUCACUCUCAUUCCUCCCUCUCCAAAGCGUGGUCCCUGGCAGCACAAGUGGCAGAAGGGACAGCAGAGACUGUGGACCCCUCAGCUGCACCUAAGACCUCUGUGUGGUCUAGCUGUGUGUGCUGGGGGAGGAUUUUGGCCACCAUUUCCCCCUCUGUAAAUGAGACCAAUACCUGUGGCAUGGAGGACAGGAGGCUGGUGUGAGUGCCAAGCACUUGGAGCAGGGACGCAGUGAGCAUGGACGUGGGAGCAGGGAUGUUCCUCAACUUUAUGCACCUUGGGGAUGGGAGUGGGGCUCCCUGCGUGGGUUGACAAGGCAUUGUUUUCUCCCACCCCACAUUUGUCCCAGCCCUGCAAGUCCAGUCCUUGUGGGUCUAGGAGGGAAGAAGCCCAUGGCUGUGUGACCUCAGGCUGGUGCCUGGCCCUCUCUGGCUGGUGUGCAGACCCUGGCGUGCACAGUCCCACAUGACGGCCUGGGCUGGCGCCACCCUGAAGAAAGUGGCACCCACUCUGGCAGUCAGUGGGUCCGGCCUGCUGAGAGGAUUAUCACAGACAUCAGGGGGCUGUGCAGCCUUGUGGAACUAGGGGAGGUCAUCUCUUCCAGCCUCCUGUCCUCAACCCCAGAAUGCUGUUCUGAGCCCUGGGUCACCCAGGGCCACCCUGGACCCACCGGAAUUCCUCCACCACCACUUGGUCAAAGUUCUGCAGAGAUCUGAGGACGAGGGUCAGCUGGGGGUCAGGAGAGGAUGAAGAGGGUCACAGCUCUACCAAACGAAGCUUCAUUCCUGGUGGUGCCUGGCCCACCCCUCUGCUGCCAAUCUCAGGCUGGCCCAGCCCUGCAGACCUGGAUACUUGAGCCCUGGGCAGAGGGGUAACGAUCCCAGGACUGUCUUCGCAAGCAGAGAGGCUACUUGGCACCAGGCCCUUACUCCUUGGGCUGAGCUCAGCAGCAGCUGGCUUUGCCCAAAGCACAAGUGAUGUCUAUGUGGACCGUGUCCCCUGUCCCCAAGGGGAGUCUGGCUCCAGUCCUGGCCUGGAACUCAGAGACCUUAGAAUUAGAGACCACAUCUGGCAGGGAGGACCAGCAUGGUCUGCCCAUGGCCAGGGCAGGUACCAUGUUGGCAGCCCCAGACCUGACACCACGGCUCCCAUGUCCCCUCUCCACUUCCGUCCUGCACAUCAUCUACUCUACGUGCUGUCUCUGAUGAAUCCAAGCUGUCAGCUUCUGUCAGCUUGGCUGGGAAGUCACACUGACUGUAAGGGGAAUGGUGCA